GUUUGUUUUCGUCUCUCGGGAGAGAGACUUUUGCGAUUCUUCGGCUGGUCUUUAAAGUUUUUCCUCAUACAUUUCUUGCUUGUAAUCUCUCUGGGUUUUGUUUGUUCGUGUUGUUGCGUCUUAGGAGUCGGAAACACAGUAGAAAACAUGGAUGAUAGUUGCGCCGUUUGCGCAGAGAAUCUCGGAUGGGUUGCUUACGGAUCUUGCGGUCACCGAGAGGUUUGCUCUACAUGCGUCGUUCGUCUCCGGUUCAUAUUCGGCGAUCGCCGGUGCUGUAUUUGCAAAACCGAAUGUCCCGUCGUCUUCGUUACAAAGGCUUUUGGUGAUUAUACAAAGACGAUUACUGAUUUCUCGACCUUCCCAUCAGAACCAAAGGAAGGUCGAGUAGGAUCUUUCUGGUAUCAUGAAGAAACAAAAGUUUUCUUUGAUGACUUGAACCAGUACACAAGGAUUAAGGCAAUGUGCAGACUCUCGUGCACCUCUUGUGACAAGACAAAGAAGAGCCAACCAAAGAAAGGAUCUAACCAUCGUUUGCCGUUUAAGAGCGUUCAACACUUGAAGGAUCACUUAAUUCAUCAGCACAAUCUGUGCAUGUGCAGCUUGUGUCUUGCAGGUCGUAAGGUUUUCAUUUGUGAGCAAAAGCUAUUUACUCAGGCACAACUGAAUCAACAUAUAAGCAGCGGUGACUCGGAAGUGGAUGGAAGUGAGAGUGAGAGAGGAGGCUUCACUGGUCAUCCUAUGUGCGAGUUCUGUAAGAGUCCAUUCUAUGGUGGCAAUGAGCUAUACACUCAUAUGUCUAGAGAGCACUACACCUGCCAUAUAUGCCAAAGGCUGAAGCCAGGACAAUAUAAAUAUUAUGGAAACUAUGAUGAUUUGGAGGCUCAUUUCCGCAGCGACCAUUUUCUAUGUGAGGACGAGUCUUGCCUUGCUAAGAAGUUCAUAGUUUUCCAAAUCGAAGCUGAGUUUAAAAGGCAUAACUCUCUUGAUCAUGGAGGUAGAAUGUCUCGGUCUCAGCAAAACGCAUCGCUACAGGCAUGGACAAUACAUGCGGGUUUCCAAUACCCGAACAGCCGCCGUGGAAGAGGACGAUCAUCUCGUCGCGGGACUAAUCUUGCACUUCUGGAAUCUCAAGCAUCUUACGCCAUUAACGAUGGACAUCCUCUUCCUCAACCUAUGAGGAGCCCUGGAGGUUUUGGUCUGGGAGAAUCUUCUUUUCCUCCACUCUCUGUGCAAGCAAGCCGUGGGCAAACACGAACUGGACAAAACUCGGAGAGUUUACUUAGUAACACCAUGACUACUACUCAUCUAAGACAUCAAACAAAUAGAAGUGCAACUGCUGAGUCUUCUCGAGCCUGGCCAGCGUUAAACCGAGGCCCAACACAAGCGUCUAUUACAAGCAGUGCACAAUCAUAUAGUGCUUCUGCUCAAUCUCAAUCUAGGCACCAUGCCAGGGCUGAAAUCACUAGAACUCUUGCUUCUGCAGUUCCACAGGAUGCUCGUAAUGAACCUACGGCAGUUCGUGGAUUUUCAUCUGGUUCUUCACUGAGUUCUGGCAAUGCAAAGAGGAACCAUCACUCAUCUUCAACUCCUAAAAUGUCUGAUACAAGAUCGAUAGAUGAGCCUUCUCAUUCUGGUUCUCCUCCAGUUUCUGCUGUGAAAAAUCGCAGGUCAUCAUCAUCCGCCAGUGCAAAGGUGUCGAACAUCCAAGAAUCACAAGGUGUUUCUGAUGUACAGUCUGCCAAUAAGAGUUUGAUUGAAAAAAUACGUGCCAGCCUGGGUCACGAUGAAGAGUUAUUCAUGGCCUUCAAGGAUGCAUCAGGAAAGUAUCGUCAUGGUUCGAUCGAUGCAAGAACUUAUUUAGAGUACGUGAAAGGCUGUGGCUUGUCUCACUUAGUUCUUGACAUGGCUAGACUCUGCCCUGAUCCUAAGAGGCAGAAGGAGCUCAUUGAUACCCACAAUGCUUGCUUGAGAGGAGGAAACGAUACGGUGCGGAGCAGUUCGAAGAGUUGCGUUUUGAAGAAAAACAAAGGGAAAGCUGUCAAGGUUGAAAGUAGCAGUGACUCCAUGGGAGUGAAGUUGCAAUUCUCUGAGGAUGAAGACAAGGAUGCAUACCGUUCAGACAAAGGCAAGACAAAAGUGACAACAACUGUGGAUUCUUCAUCUGGUGGAGUGGGAUUAGGCAACACAGGCAAGCAAUGUAAGAAAACAUCAAAGUUUCACAGAGCACGUCUAGGCGAGAAAUCAAUGGGUGCAGUACUAAACCUUAGGAGUUCUUCUAACCCAGAGACUGAACCAGAAUCUAAGAAGGAUAACUCCAAAAGUAGCCAGAGCUCUAGCGGUGGAUUGCAACUUCGUGGUGCGUGGCGGAGAGGAAGUGCAAAGCUCUUCUCCUAGUAACACAAUCUCUGGUCACCUCUUUUGCUUCUUUUUUGUGUGGGAAAUACAGGUUGGAAACGAGAUUUGUGGUAGAAAGAUUUUGCACAGAUGAAGCAAGUCUAGAUUAUCAAACAGAUCUGAGCUUACAAGUGUUUUUGUGUCUUUUUGAUGUAAGUGACAAAGCUUAUGCUGAAGUAUAUGUACUGACAUCGUUUUGGUUUCACCAAAGUUUUCUCACGGCUUUUUAACGCAUUGUAAACAACGAAUCCAUCUUAGUCGUUGUAAG